AUGGUGGUGAACAAGCAAAGCUCCUACUCAACUCUUCCAAGCUUCAACAAUGCCAAACCAAGAACAAUCCUCCAUUGCUUCAACCAAGUAUGGAUCCUCCCUUGCUUCCUCACCUUCCUCAUCGCCAUCGCCUCUACCUACACACUCCUCUUCCCCAACAUCCACAAACUCCUCCACCUCACCCCCACGGUCCCACCCGACUGCAACGUCUUCGACGGCCAAUGGGUCGAAGACAACUCCUCCACCUACCCAAUCUACAACUCCACCCGCUGCCCCUUCGCGGAGCGAGGGUUCAGCUGCUUGGAAAACGGGCGGAAGGACACGGCGUACAUCAACUGGCGGUGGAAGCCAAAGCAAUGCGACAUUCCAAGGUUCGAGGCUGGGAAAGCGCUGGAGAUGCUGAGAGGAAAACGGGUGGUGAUUGUUGGCGACUCACUCAGCCGUACACAAUGGGAGUCGUGGGUUUGUAUGCUGAUGGAAGGUGUGGAGAAUAAGGAGAGCGUUUAUGAAAUCAAUGGGAGUAAUAUCACUAAGACAAUUCGGCAUUUGGGAGUGAGGUUUAGAGACCAUAACAUCAGCGUGGACUUCUAUAGGUCCGUGUUUUUAAUGAAGAAGGAUUAUAAAGUGCCUGCGGGUGCACCGAACAACGUGAGGAUGACGGUUAGAUUGGACGAAGUGGACGAUAUUCGUGACCAAUGGGUUGACUCAGAUGUUUUGGUUUUUAACACUGGUGGUUGGUGGACUGAGAAUCGACUUUUCAACGAGAUGUAA